UAUAUAUAUGGUGGUAUUCAUGUACCAAAAGCUUCUUCCCAUCUGCAUUAUUUUCCUUCACUUCUUCCAAACAUUUUUUCUGUUUUGAAACAAAGUAAUAUGCCAAACACAAGAAAUCUGAGGCACCUCAACCUCAACAUGUGCUGCUCAAACUCAGCUACUCCUGACUCAGAAACUCCUCCAUUGAGCCCCAUUACUACUUCCUCACAUCACAACACUCACUCUGCAUCUCCUUCUUCCAUUAUGAUAAAGAAUUUCAACUCUAUCUAUGACCCUACCUUAACCUCUAACAACUCUUUCAGCUCCACUUUCUUCUCCACCACCACCACCACCACCACCUUCUUCGAACCAGAACCUGAACCUCAACCCGCCGACUUCGCCACCGCUUUCGCCUCCCAGAGGUUCUUUUUCUCCUCUCCCGGCCACUCAAACUCCCUUCUUCAAUACACCAACAAAACUACUCAACACCACUCAGCGUCGCUCAGAGAAGAUGCUGCUCAUGUUGACAAGAUCAAGAUGACUAAGAAGGUCUUGUUCAAGGGGAGCGUGGCCGUGGCGACGUACUCGCCGGACCCUUACGUCGAUUUCCGGCGGUCGAUGCAGGAGAUGGUGGAGGCGCGUCGAGCUGAUGGACGUGAAGUCCAACUGGAAUGUGUUGCACGAGCUUCUUCUGUGUUAUCUUGUGCUUUUGCUGAUCUCCUCGUUAGCCUCAUGUCUUUCUAGUGCUGGAUCUUCAAUUUUUCCUUGUAAAUUCAAAUAAUGAAACAUGUAAUGCUCUUUCCAGAUACUCAUUGUUUCAUUAAUUUAUCUCCCUCUGCAUUGCUCUCACUCGUUUCAUUUUGGUUUGUGUCAUGUUACUAAUAACCAGUAAUAGAAUCUGUGUAAAUAAUAUAAA